AUUUGAGCUCCUUACCUGUCAUCCCUGGAGGUGGGACGACUCCGACUGCUAGUCCAGAAGGCAAGUGUGGUACAACUAAGGUUAACCACGAGGAUCUUGAUUAUUAAGGCUUACCGUAACUCAUCUUGAGAAGCGUCUCUGGCCCCUUUUUCCAGGGGGAAACAGGUUACAGAUGACUUGCAAGAUGAAUAUCUGUAAGUUCUAAAAAGAUUAUGAACAUCCUCGCGCUCGUACUACCGAAAGUUUUACGUUUACGCCCUUUCACGGUGGACCGGGUGCGGCCGCUCACGCGACGCCGUUGACCAACGGAGGAGGCAAUGAAGCUGCAACCGAGAGUUCUUGGG